AUGGUGGCUACAUCUGUGAGCACAGUCGGGCAACGCGGGAUGUUCUAUCUUGCUGCAGCAGUCUCAGACUUUUAUGUUCCUUGGGAUAGCAUGGCAAAACAUAAGAUUCAGUCAGCUGGAGGCCCUCCAGAGAUGAGGCUCAGUCAGGUUCCAAAAAUGCUUGCUGUAUUGCGGGACCAAUGGGCUCCCUUGGCAUUUUGUGUAUCUUUCAAGCUGGAGACAAAUUCAGAUAUUCUUGUCCAGAAAGCAGAUAUGGCUCUGAACAAGUACAAGAUGAACAUUGUUGUGGCCAAUUUGCUUGCAACAUACAAAGAGCAAGUCAUUAUUGUCACAAACGGAGCAAGGAAUACUGUCCGAAGGCGCAACAGUGAUGAAGAUUUGGAAGAGCAGAUAAUCAAACUCCUAGCACAGAAGCACUCAAAGUAUAUUUGUGGAUCACAGAUGGAUGCAACCAGGGUCCAGACUGAAUUAUGA